GGCUGUGGACACCUAGUGACUUAUCAGGAUAGUGGUACAAUGACAUCUAAGAAUUAUCCCGGGACCUACCCCAAUCACACUGUUUGCGAAAAGACAAUUACAGUACCAAAGGGGAAAAGACUGAUUCUGAGGUUGGGAGAUUUGGAUAUCGAAUCCCAGACCUGUGCUUCUGACUAUCUUCUCUUCACCAGCUCUUCAGAUCAAUAUGGUCCGUACUGUGGAAGUAUGACUGUUCCCAGAGAACUCCUGUUGAACACAAGUGAAGUCACCGUCCGCUUUGAGAGUGGAUCCCACAUUUCUGGCCGGGGUUUUUUGCUCACCUAUGCGAGCAGCGACCAUCCAGAUUUAAUAACGUGUUUGGAACGAGCUAGCCAUUAUUUGAAGACAGAAUACAGCAAAUUCUGCCCAGCUGGUUGUAGAGACGUAGCAGGAGACAUUUCUGGGAAUAUGGUAGAUGGAUAUAGAGAUACCUCUUUAUUGUGCAAAGCUGCCAUCCAUGCAGGAAUAAUUGCUGAUGAACUGGGUGGCCAGAUCAGUGUGCUUCAGCGCAAAGGGAUCAGUCGAUAUGAAGGGAUUCUGGCCAAUGGUGUGCUUUCGAGGGAUGGUUCCCUGUCAGACAAGCGAUUUCUGUUUACCUCCAAUGGUUGCAGCAGAUCCUUGAGUUUGGAUCCUGACGGGCAAAUCAGAGCUUCUUCCUCAUGGCAGUCGGUCAAUGAGAGUGGAGACCAAGUUCACUGGUCUCCUGGCCAAGCCCGACUUCAGGACCAGGGCCCAUCAUGGGCUUCGGGCGACAGUAGCAGCAACCACAAACCACGAGAGUGGCUGGAGAUCGAUUUGGGGGAGAAAAAGAAAAUAACAGGAAUUAGGACCACAGGAUCUACACAGUCGAAUUUCAACUUUUAUGUUAAGAGUUUUGUGAUGAACUUCAAAAACAAUAAUUCCAAGUGGAAGACCUAUAAAGGAAUUGUGAAUAAUGAAGAAAAGGUGUUUCAGGGUAACUCUAACUUUCGGGACCCAGUGCAGAACAAUUUCAUCCCUCCUAUCGUGGCCAGAUAUGUGCGUGUUGUCCCCCAGACAUGGCACCAGAGGAUAGCCUUGAAGGUGGAGCUCAUUGGUUGCCAGAUAACACAAGGUAAUGAUUCAUUGGUGUGGCGCAAGACAAGUCAAAGCACCAGUGUUUCAAGUAAGAAAGAAGAUGAGACAAUCACAAGGCCCGUCCCCUCAGAAGAAACAUCCCCAGGAAUAAACAUUACAACGGUGGCUAUUCCAUUGGUGCUCCUUGUUGUCCUGGUAUUUGCUGGAAUGGGGAUCUUUGCAGCCUUUCGAAAGAAGAAGAAGAAAGGAAGUCCAUAUGGAUCAGCAGAGGCUCAGAAAACAGACUGUUGGAAGCAGAUUAAAUAUCCCUUUGCCAGACAUCAGUCAGCUGAGUUUACCAUCAGCUAUGAUAAUGAGAAGGAAAUGACACAAAAGUUAGAUCUCAUCACAAGUGAUAUGGCAGAUUACCAGCAGCCUCUCAUGAUUGGCACCGGGACAGUCACGAGGAAGGGCUCCACCUUCCGGCCCAUGGACACGGACACCGAGGAGUCGGGGGCGGGCACAGACGCCGGCGGCCACUAUGACUGCCCGCAGCGCGCCGGCCGCCAUGAGUACGCGCUGCCCCUGGCGCCCCCGGAGCCCGAGUACGCCACGCCCAUCGUGGAGCGGCACCUGCUGCGCGCCCACACCUUCUCCGCGCAGAGCGGCUACCGCGUCCCCGGGCCCCAGCCGGGCCACAAACACUCCCUCUCCUCGGGCGGCUUCUCCCCCGCCCACAACGGAGACUAUCAAAGGCCACAGAGCGUGCAGCCUGCGGACAGGGGCUACGACCGGCCCAAAGCCGCCAGCGCCUUCGCCACCGAAAGCGGUCACCCUGACUCUCAGAAGCCCCCAACGCAUCCCGGGACGAGUGACAGCUAUUCUGCCCCCAGCGACUGCCUCACACCCCUCAACCAGACGGCCAUGACUGCCCUUUUGUGAACACAAUGUGAAAGAAGCCUGCUGUGGUACUGAGCGUCGGGCUGUCGCAGGGCACUGGAAAAAGGGAGCCUGCUGGCCCAGAGUGUGUGUGCGUGUGUAUGUUACUAAAAGCAUUUUUAACAUUCUUCUCCUGGAAGAAAUGAAUUACUUGAAGCAUGAAAAGCACACCAGGGUGGUUGUUUAUUUAGCAAUUAUGACUGUGGAUUUAAAAACAAGCAAAGAAGGAACACCUCAGCAGCUGCCCGUUUCCUUAGUCU